AUGAACGCCUACUACAACUUUUUCCGUGCUACAGCUUCCCUUGCCUCCAAGGCCAUUAACAAGUCUUUCACAGGCAUUGUUUACACUGCCACCUACGCCGCAGAAUUCAUCGAGGACUUCUCCCAAAUGAACUCGAUUGUAAGCGAUGCUGUGACCGAAACUCUUGAAGUCCCCGGUACUUUCCACGAAACCCAUCCUAGUGAUGCCAGGUUCAUUUCCCCUGACGAGGAGGAAUCGAUUACCAAUCGUCGCAGAAGCCUCAAGGCUACUAGCGACUGGCAAACCAUUGAGCUUCGUAAGAGCCCAAAGAGAGCUUCCCCCUCUCCCUUGCCGGUUCCAACUCCAACUCUCAAGCCUAAGUUUCAGCUGUUCAGAAGACGCAUGAAGCAUACCAAUGGCGGGUUCAGAGAGCCUUCUCAAGACAUGAAUAAGGUCUUGACCCUGGGAAACGUUUUCCUUGUUCUCCAGGAGUGUUGA